AUGGCUUGGAAUAGACCGCAUGCGACUCCUGACAGUAAUGCGCGCGAGAAGGCGAGUCAUUCAAAAGAUGAUAUGCCGACGAGCACGCAAGCUAUCUGUGCGCUAUGCUCCAAACUUGGCCUGGAGAACUUCAAAGAUCUUACCGCCCCACGCCAUGAAAAGAUGAAGCAAGACACGAAUUCCCUGGUUAUUUCACUCAGUGCCGUUUUGGAUAAUCACGACGGAAAACAGUGUAGUUUCUGCACCUUGCUCUUCGAUUCCAUGUGCGCCAACGGCCUUUUCAACAACCCGUUUGAUCGAAUGAUCGACAAGUCCCAGCGGAACCUUUCGGCCAGAGACAGAAGGAAUAGUGCUCAGUUGGAGCUCAAUGCAGAGUACGACAAGAAUAUAGCAGCUCUAGUCGACUACAACACAUUCUCAGACUUGCCGGAUGCACGACAAGUGCUUCUCGAAGUGUCAAGAGAAAUAGCAAGCCAAGCGGAAGACAAGCUACCUGUUGCUGUUUCGAUACAGUCUCGGGGCCCUGCUGAUGAUUCUGGGACUGGCUUGUUCAAUGUCAGAGUCUGGAGCUUAGGGUGGGAGCCAAGUCCGAACCCGGUGCUGUCUUGCCUGGGCUCGUUCGACUUGCGCCUCGUCGCAACAUCCUCAGACCAAUCAGCUAAUAUCAGUCACUGCUGCGGAAAAGUCAUCCAAAAGAGAGUAGACUUGGAGCGAGACUGUCGAACCUGGCUAGACGACUGCCUCAGGAACCACGAUCCCAGUAACACCUUGCCGUCUUGGGUGUAUCCGGCUCCUGUGGCGGUGGGAGACCAUUUCCGACUCAUAGACGUCAAGAAUAACCUUCUCAAGCAAUUCGAUAGCCUGCCAGAAAAGUAUGCCACACUUUCAUACAUCUUGGGCAAAGUAGACGAAUCCACUCUUCAACUUCACACCACAAAUUUGGAAACUCUCAGCCAGUCGAUGGAAAAUACCUCACCAGCUAUCGCAAAAACCAUCCGCGACACCAUUGAAGUUACCAAGAGUCUUGGGAUUCCCUAUCUAUGGGUGGACAGUCUCUGUGUCAUUCAGAAGGAUUCCAGCGGAUUUGACAAUGAGUUAGCUCGCAAAUCGCAGAUCAGGCAAAUGGAUAUCAUUUUGGGUCAUGCAACGAUUGCUCUGGUGGCCGCCGACGCAUUCGAUAUCAACGCAGGACUUCCGGGAAUCUCUACUGACAGAAAUACGAAACAGAUCGUCAGAGAGAUAAUGCCAGGACUGACAUUCGGACUUCAGCUUCCAUCCCCGCAGUCAUAUGGGAUGUGGGAUACGCGCGCCUGGACCCUUCAGGAAAAGCUGCUUGCGCAAAGGCUGCUUAUCUUCACCGAGGACCACGUAAGUUUCCACUGCCGUCAUGGUGUCAAGCGUGAGGAUGUGCCGUUCGAUCAGCCAUUGAACGAAUCAACCUUGCUUACACUAUCUGUGCCAAGGGAUGGGUACCAGAGCAUCAAGACGAGCACCAGGUUGCCCAGGUCGGGCGAGAAGCCGGUGAUAUUAAGGGCGCCACAGUUCACCGAGUAUGCAAACAUCGUGAAGCAGUACACAGUUAGAGACAUCGCGGAUUCUGCAGACGUAUUGAAUGGCAUCAUGGGUCUAUUCAAUGUCCUGGAAGCGAAAGGACAGCGGCCGAACGGCGCAACAAUGCCCUCGAGGGCGGAGUCGAAUUAUCUCCACGGGCUUCCUGAGAGAUUUCUUGAUCUUGCCCUUCUUUGGCAGCCCCCUGCUUCUGAUGAAGUACACCUCACACGGCGUGCCGGCGGCACCUUCCCUAGCUGGUCUUGGGCCGGCUGGGGAGUCUCUAAGGUCGCUCUCGGCGACGCUGGAACUCGGAAAUACUCAGGUAUUCGUUACGAGGAGCCAUUUCACGUUUCCAGCAACGGUGACAACUUGUCACUCAAGAAGAUCAUUGCGGAUGAUACCCAGGCGGAGGAGCGCUACCAGCCCAAGGUCCUAUGGUAUAAAGUUCAACCAAGACAGCACCCCAUUGACAGUGGGCUUCCACCCUCCCUCAUAGGAACCCCUCAAUCUCAGAGGAUACCAGAGACCGCCCCUCAGCAGAAGCGCCACGCUCCUCCCGUGAGAAGGCCACACGCCUCCCCCCCAAGGGGCUGGUCCCGGGUGCCGAAGCCUGUCCAUAAGUCGUCCGGAAAGUCACAUCUCGCAGGAAAGACAGACAAGGGAACCAAUAGUGGGGGAAACCCGACAAGAAUACAGGUGAUGGAGAUCAGCGCAUCCCCUAUUGCAUGCGUCAAUGGAGAAGGCCUAGGAGUCGCAUUCGAAAAUGCGAGUGAAAGCGAUGCUUUCAUGAGCGACAUCAAAUUUCAAGGCGUUGGUUCAGCUGCGCAAACGUCUUCAGGCCGUCGAUUACCCAAGACUCCCCAUACCCUUACUCUUAGCGAUCGUUGUCUCAUCUGCGAAACCGAAACCGCUUCUUUUACCUUGAAAUUUUCAAAUACUAUUCGCAAGGAGGUACUUUGGCGGCGGAAAAAGCCUUCGAGCAUCAGGGGAUUUAAUCAUACCCAAAGCGAUUCGAGCACAGAGGCCCGAAGCCCAAAGCUUGAGAUAGACAAAGAGUUGAGAAUAUGGGAAGCCGAGAUACUUGACGACAAGGGUGAAGUCGUUGGUCACGUCAUCCCUACAGACCGAAGACAACAGUUUCCCCGGGUCAAGUUCGAUUUCAUGGUUCUCUCCAAGUCGCAGUACUGGGGAAAUGAAAGAAGAGUGGAUGUCGGGGAGUUUCCGUUGUAUAAUGUCAUGAUGAUCGAGUGGGAUCAGAGGAAAGAGACGGCCACUCGUUUGGGUGUUGGAAAAGUUCAGAUCUCAGCAUGGAUGGUGGCCAAACCGGAGAAGAAAAUUGUAAUUCUCGUUUAG